AUGAACGACAUGCCAACACCAUCCUCUACUACCCUUAAACGGCAACCCGUCAACAACCGAACAUCUCCUCUUCUGCGUCUUCCAACCGAACUUUACUAUUUGAUAUUCGAUUAUCUUGACCCGGUAGACAGUACAUGUCUCGGGCUUACCUCCAAGAACCUCUAUCCGAUUUACCGCCGAUACUUCAAAUACCCGGUUCCACUGGAUGCUUGUGGUGAUAUUCCAAAAACCGCUAAGUUAUGGAAGGAACAAUACUUUCGUCGUGGGCGAAAGGUGGAGUGUGCGAAAUGUGUAAGUGUGUCCCAAUCACAAAUUACUAGGUUCGGUGUUGAAGGUCGGGAAAUGUUGGCUUAUUCGCAAAGCUAG